AUGAGUGUUCGAAAAAUUCACCGUGAUCCAGGCCCUUAGACUGAAGGGUACAAAGGAGUAUUCAAGGGGAUUUCUGAGAAUCUGGAUGUCGGAGUGGGCAAGUAUGCUCCACCAAUAGGCAUGGAAUAGAGAGAACAUCACUAUAACAUCGGAUGGAAACCCUGGCAAUAAUCGAAUGAAACCGUUUACGAAGUGGAUUACAAACCAAACAAAGAAAUAGUGAAGAGGGACAAUGUACAGAUAUGCUAAUCCAAUCUUAGUGUGCGAAUAUGCAUCCACCUACCAUUCACAUCGAUCAUAUUAAUGUGCCUUACAAAAAGGAUACUCACUUCAAUUCGGAAUACAAGAACUACAAGGACUAUCAGAAUCCUCCAAGAGCCAAACCUAUUAGGGAUAAACUCACAUUGAUGGCUACUUAAAUAGUAAUGGGGGAUGACCAUCCCAAUUAUAAAACUGCUUAAUUGAUUGCUCAAGAGCCCAAACCACCGCAAAGACAAUUGGUUUAUCAUCCAAAACCAGAGAAAUAUGAUAUCAUUACGAAUCAUGAAGUAUGUGCUUAAGAUGCUAUGAUCGAUAGGCAAAUUAAGAGCGAUUAAAAAAGGCUUCUGCUUUUGACUAUUGGAACCCGACUUCGGAGAAGAAGCAUCAAUCGUUCAAUACUUCUGAGAUUCCUUAGUAUAGGUUAGGCAGUAGAGAUCCCAUUACCGGGAGAUUCAUUUCCUGAAAUUUAUUAUUUAUUAAA